GCAAAUUUAUAAUUUAUUUGUUUAAAUAAAUUUAAUACAUACUUUGAUGCAAAGGUUUAUGCAAAUGUGCGUGCCCAGACGCAAUACACGAAUAUGUCGAUGCCAUUUUCGAAACCAUCGACUAUAUUACUUAUCACUGUAUCGAUGCAAUGGUUGCUAUCGCUUUUACAACUGGAAUAAAACCGAGAAACUUCGCUUUAUAAACUAGCACUUAUUAGCAAAAAUGGGACAGCAGCGAGAGUGUAUUGUAGUGAAUAUGCGUUCGGCGAUAGUGCUAAUCAUCAUAUUCGUAUUGACCGGCAUAAGAAACAGCGAAACCGCCAGCGGUGGCAACCAAAUGGAUCUAGCGGAUAUGAAAGGUGAUCCGCGCAAGGAGAACAGCAAUGCAGGAAAUAAUAAUAACAACGAUAAUGUAGUGUUUGUACCAGCCUUGGCGAAUCUGGGCAGCAAAUCUCCAGCAGCUGGCGACAACAACAACGGCAACAACACCACGAGCAUGCUAUGCCCCUUGGAUAAGGAAACACCCUGUGAACGGUUGCCAUUCCCAUGCAUUCGCUGCACUUACAACUUCAAUUGCCUGUACGGCCGCGAUAUCAACAUCAUAUGCGAGGCAGCCAACAAUGUACAAUGCAGUGGAGAACGCUCGUUUCAACGUCAAAUGAAUUGUCGCUAUUGCUAUCAAACCGAAAUGUGGCAACAGAACUGUGAACAACAUGCCAAUUGCAACUCGGCUGCAGAGAAAUACUAUCGCACUAAUUGCACUGUGCACCAGGAUGUGCUUUGUCUGGGGAGCCGUUCGUUUACUCGUAAUUUGCGCUGUAACUGGACUCAGGGCUAUCGCUGGAGCACCGCGUUACUCAUCAGCCUUACUUUGGGCGGCUUUGGCGCUGACCGUUUCUAUUUGGGCCACUGGCAGGAGGGCAUUGGCAAGCUGUUCAGCUUUGGGGGUCUCGGCGUGUGGACAAUCAUCGAUGUGCUCCUGAUAUCCAUGCACUACUUGGGCCCUGCCGAUGGCUCGCUCUACAUUUAAUCCGAGGAACAACCCCGCUGGGGGAAUUACCUAAAAUGCAUUUUAUACAAAUUCAAUUUGAAACUUACGACACUUUCAUUUAUUAAAAUCAUCUAUAAAUUAAGAACAUGACGGACGAACAUUUAACUGAAUAAGUGAAAGAAAACUAAUCGAAAAUGAAUAAACAUUAAUGUUUAAGUAAAUUUGAGUUAUAAUUUAGAUAAAUACCUUUUGGCUAAUUUCCACAAAAACAUUUUUGCAUCUCUAGACAUAUAGAUAAAAUGUACUCAACAUUUUAAAUAUCUAAGAUAGAGGGUAUGAAAAUAUCUUCCAAUACUGUUCUUAAGCAGUUCACUAAAUGUAUAGGAGGAGACUCGUCUAUAUAAAUAAAAUGUAAAAAUUUUUUUUUGUUAAA